CCCUCCCCGGCCCUCCCCUCCCUGCCCCGCUCUCCUCUUCCCCGCUCGGGUGGCGGCCGGCCUCCGUGCUCGCCCGCGCCGUGUCGGCUCCAGCCCUGGCUCCCCGCUCCCGUCGGGCCCCGACGCCGGCCUGAGCGCUUCCGCUGCGGCUCCGGGUAGCCGAGCAGCCGCCGGCCCCUCCGGCCUCUCCGGCCCCUGUGCCUCGUGCUGCCCCUUGGCCGCGGCCCCGUGCGCCCCCCGCCAUGAACGAGGAGUACGACGUGAUCGUGCUGGGCACCGGCCUGACGGAAUGUAUCCUGUCAGGUAUAAUGUCGGUGAAUGGGAAGAAAGUUCUUCACAUGGAUAGAAACCCAUAUUAUGGAGGAGAAAGUGCAUCUAUAACACCUCUGGAAGAUUUAUACAAAAGAUUUAAGAUACCAGGAGCACCACCAGCCUCGAUGGGAAGAGGGAGAGACUGGAACGUGGACCUGAUCCCUAAGUUCCUCAUGGCCAAUGGUCAGCUGGUGAAGAUGCUGCUUUAUACAGAGGUCACUCGUUAUCUGGAUUUCAAAGUGACUGAAGGGAGCUUUGUCUACAAGGGAGGAAAAAUCUACAAGGUUCCUUCCACUGAAGCAGAAGCCCUGGCAUCUAGCUUAAUGGGACUGUUUGAAAAACGUCGCUUCAGAAAAUUCCUAGUGUAUGUCGCCAACUUUGAUGAAAAAGAUCCCAGAACUUUUGAGGGCAUCGAUCCUAAGAAGACUGCCAUGAGAGAGGUGUACAAGAAAUUUGACUUGGGACAAGAUGUCAUAGACUUUACUGGCCAUGCCCUGGCACUUUACAGGACCGAUGACUAUUUAGAUCAGCCAUGUUGUGAAACCAUUAAUAGGAUUAAACUUUACAGCGAGUCUCUGGCAAGAUAUGGCAAAAGCCCGUACCUCUACCCACUGUAUGGCCUUGGGGAGCUGCCGCAGGGAUUUGCAAGGCUAAGUGCUAUUUAUGGUGGCACCUACAUGCUCAAUAAACCCAUUGAAGAAAUCAUUGUGCAAAAUGGCAAAGUGAUUGGUGUGAAAUCUGAAGGAGAGGUUGCUCGCUGCAAGCAGCUCAUCUGUGACCCCAGCUACGUCAAAGACCGGGUAGAGAAGGUGGGCCAGGUCAUCAGGGUUAUCUGCAUUCUCAGCCACCCCAUCAAGAACACCAAUGACGCCAACUCCUGCCAGAUCAUCAUCCCCCAGAACCAGGUCAAUCGGAAGUCAGACAUCUACGUGUGCAUGAUCUCCUCUGCACACAAUGUGGCCGCGCAAGGGAAGUACAUCGCCAUAGUGAGCACGACGGUGGAAACCAAGGAACCCGAGAAGGAAAUCAGACCAGCUUUGGAGCUUCUGGAACCAAUUGAACAGAAAUUCAUUAGCAUCAGCGACCUCCUUGUACCCAAAGACCUGGGGACGGAAAGCCAGAUCUUUAUUUCCCGCACGUACGAUGCUACAACUCACUUUGAGACUACCUGUGACGAUAUUAAAAACAUCUACAAGAGGAUGACCGGCUCCGAGUUUGACUUUGAGGAAAUGAAGCGCAAGAAGAACGACAUCUACGGGGAAGACUAGGAGCAGUGCACGUACUCAUCUCGCUAGGACAGACCUAACUCUGGCAAAUGACGCAUACUGUUCGCCCCCGAUAGCGUAGGCCUGCUGCUGUAAUCCGCACCGCGAUUGCAGGGCGCUGUACCAGUAAAUACUCCUUCCCUUUCUAAUAUCAUGUAGGAACGUGUCUCACGGCGGGGCUGCUCCGCACCGGCAGGUCACCGCGUCUGCUCACCUUAGCCAGCCCUGGCUCUCCCUAGUGGAGGAGCAGUCUGAGGACAUCCGUGAUCCUGGUACGGAGCACUCGAUACAGACUUUGUAUCUUUUAAUCAGUGUAGCCGCCGCGGCCGUGUGCUUCUGCUGCUCCGGAGCCGGAGCAGUACCACUUACGUGCCAUCUGUCCCCCUGGCGUUGAGAUUCAAGACUGAAUCUCCCCUAUGGGACAGCAGCCCUACAUCCGCCCCCCACCUUCCCGUGCUGUGUCCUGUCCGCUACUCAGACAGUGCCCGUGGCACACGGCCACGAGUGGGGAGACAUGAGCCUAAAAUCUAACCCAACUGCAGACCCUGUGAGUCCUUUCGGAGGAAGCCUGUGUGCGGUGUUUUAACCUUAUAAAAUGGAUGAGCGCGAAGGGGAAAGAAACCCCCUUGUAAGCAGGUAAACGUAGAAGCUUCUUUUGUAUCCCAGGUGUGGCUUCAACGGACCAAGCUGCGAUGCAGUAUUGAUUUGACAGGGCCUCCACUUCAGUGUCUGUCUCGAACGGCUCCACAUGAUUUCUGUACUGCAAAAUAAAGCCAAACUCUGGAAACCA